GGUCCCCAGGGCUAGGGCCCCUCCCGUGCGGGCUCUGGGGCGCGGGCCCCGGACUGUGGGUUCCCGUCGCUGUUGGGUCACCUCACGGACGAGCUCUCCUGGGGGCCGUGUCCCCGUGGGUUCGCCGCAAGCCCUCCGGAGUCUGCUCCGGUGUCAGGAAAAGCCGCGGUUUUUCGGAGCCCUUUGACUUGGCUUUUCAGAACUGUGCUGCCGGAGACCGUUGGUUUGCGUGUGUUUUAUUUUUAUCACUUUUUUUUUUUUUUUUAAACCAACUCACCGCCAUCUCUGCUCCCCUCAGUGGGUAAACUUUGUGGUCAGCUGUUACCGCUUUAUUGCGUUAAAUUAGUAUUCUCUGGCGGCAGCCUUUCUAUGCCUGCCAGACGCUAGGCACCUUUAAAAGAUGCAUAUUUGUGUAGGAAUUAGUGGCGCCGAGGAGACCACGGGACGGGAAGCCUCUUGCAUUUUUAGACUUCUUGAAAAUUACACUAUUCCUGAGCAACUUGCCGAGGAAUAAUUUGUAAACGCCAUAGUGAAGCUUUUAUUUAUGAUGUUAUUGGCAGAAUGAAAAUUUGAUUAUAAACCUGAAGCUUUUAUCCGUCAGACUACUUUUGAGAUUUAUAUGCGAUGUCUGGACAUUUAACUAUCAUUGAAGGUUCUCAGGAGCUGGGCCUUGAUUUUUGCUGGAGUUAAUGUUGUAUUAAAACAGGACUUCGAACGUGGAAGUAGGAAUCCAAGUAGUAUUUUAUGACUGAGGAUGUUAACGUUCAUUUUGCAUUAUUAUUCUGAUACCAUUUGUCUAAAGUUGUCUUAUUACUUAAUGUAAAAAGGAUUUGGAUAUCCACUAUUUAUGGCUUAGAGAAUUUUGACAUAAGUAAACAGUUUUAGUUCUCUCAGUUUGGAAAUUACAUUUUUUUCUUUAACUUUUUGAUUGAGAUAUAAAAUAUCUAUGAAGUCAUCAAGCGCAUAAAUCUUAGUUGUACACCUCAGUGAAUUUUUGUUUUUAUUGUGCAACCACCAGCUUUCAUAUUAUACCUGUAGAGCAUUUCCAUCAUUCCAGGAGUUUCCCCCUGCUUCUUCCAAGUCAGUUAUACCCCUGCCCAGCCCCCAUCAGUAUUUUGAUUUCUGUCAUCAUCUAUUAGUUUUGUCUAUUUGGGGCUUGAUAUUAAUGGAAUCCUACAGUAUACUCAGCAUAUUGAUUAUGAGAUUCUUCCAUAAUGUUUCAUGUAUCAGUAGUUCUUUUUUAUUGCUGUGUGGUAAUCCAUUGUAUCAUUAUAUGGCACUCCUCUGUUGGUGGAUAUUUAUGUUUCCAGUUUUUGUAUAUUAUGUAUUUUGAAGAAUGCUAUGAACAUUCUUACAAAUGUCUUGGUGAACAUCUGUGCAUUUCUGUCAGCUGUGGAAUGGCUAAAUCAUAAGAAAAAUCACCACCCGUGUCAUGGAUUUUAUCUGAUUGUGUAGAUCAGAUUUCCUUAUUCUGGAUAUCAUGGUAACAAUAUAGGAAAUAUGCAUUAUUUCUGCAAGUAGAAUUCACUGCUGAAGGAAGAAAUUUUUUAAGCUACAGCCAAAUUCAUUUUGGUACCUUUUAUGGAAAUCCUGAUUUUGUUUUUACUUUUUUAUAACCUUUCGCAAAAGGUAUGAACAAGCAAAGAGCACAUCUCAUUAGGCAAGUCCACAUUAAUAAGAAUGCCUAGAAGAGGAUUGAUUCUUCAGACCCGGACCCACUGGCUACUGUUGGGUCUCGCUUUACUCUGCAGUUUAAUAUUAUUUUUGUACCUUCUGGAAUGUGCCCCCCAGACUGAUGGAAAUGCAUCUCUUCCCGGUAUCGUUGGGGAAAAUUAUGGUAAAGAGUAUUAUCAAGCCCUCCUACAGGAGCAGGAAGAACAUUAUCAAACCAGAGCAACCAGUCUGAAACGCCAGAUUGCCCAAUUAAAACAAGAAUUGCAAGAAAUGAGUGAGAAGAUGAGAUCACUGCAAGAGAGAAAGAAUGUAGGGGCUAAUGGCAUAGGCUAUCAAGGCAACAAAGAGCAAGCACCUAGUGAUCUUUUAGAGUUUCUUCAUUCACAAAUUGACAAAGCUGAAGUUAGCAUAGGAGCCAAACUACCUAGUGAGUAUGGAGUCAUUCCCUUUGAAAGUUUUACCUUAAUGAAAGUAUUCCAGUUGGAAAUGGGUCUCACUCGCCAUCCUGAGGAAAAACCAGUUAGAAAAGAUAAGCGAGAUGAAUUGGUAGAAGUUAUUGAAGCUGGCUUGGAGGUCAUUAAUAAUCCUGAUGAAGACGAUGAACAGGAAGAUGAGGAUGGUCCCCUUGGAGAAAAACUGGUAUUUAAUGAAAAUGACUUCAUAGAAGGUUAUUAUCGCACUGAGAGAGAUAAGGGCACACUGUAUGAACUCUUUUUUAAGAAAGCAGACCUUACGGAAUAUAGACACGUGACUCUCUUCCGCCCUUUUGGACCUCUCAUGAAAGUGAAGAGCGAGAUGAUUGACAUUACUAGAUCAAUUAUUAAUAUCAUUGUGCCGCUUGCUGAAAGAACUGAAGCAUUUGCACAGUUUAUGCAGAACUUCAGGGAUGUAUGUAUUCAUCAGGACAAGAGAAUUCAUCUCACAGUGGUGUAUUUUGGUAAAGAAGGACUAUCUAAAGUCAAGUCUAUCCUAGAAUCUGUCACAAGUGAGUCUAAUUUUCACAAUUACACCUUGGUCUCAUUGAAUGAAGAAUUUAAUCGUGGACGAGGACUAAAUGUGGGUGCCCGAGCUUGGGACAAGGGAGAGGUCUUGAUGUUUUUCUGCGAUGUUGAUAUAUAUUUCUCAGCCGAAUUCCUUAACAGCUGCCGGUUAAAUGCUGAGCCAGGUAAGAAGGUGUUUUACCCUGUGGUGUUUAGUCUUUACAACCCUGCCAUUGUUUAUGCCAAUCUGGAUGUGCCCCCGCCUGUGGAACAGCAGCUGGUUCACAAAAAGGAUUCUGGCUUUUGGCGAGAUUUUGGCUUUGGAAUGACUUGUCAGUAUCGAUCAGAUUUCCUGACCAUUGGUGGAUUUGAUAUGGAAGUAAAAGGUUGGGGUGGAGAAGAUGUUCAUCUUUAUCGAAAAUACUUACAUGGUGACCUGAUUGUGAUUCGGACUCCGGUUCCUGGUCUUUUCCACCUCUGGCACGAGAAACGCUGUGCUGAUGAGUUGACACCCGAGCAGUACCGCAUGUGCAUCCAGUCCAAAGCCAUGAACGAGGCCUCUCACUCGCACCUGGGAAUGCUGGUCUUCAGGGAGGAGAUAGAGACGCAUCUUCACAAACAGGCAUACAGGACAAAUAGCGAAUCUGUUGGUUAAUGUCAUCAGUGACACAUUAGUCUGAACCACAAACCAGCACUAUUUAGCCUUAAUUCCAAUUCCAGAUGCAGUGCCUCUUUCAGAGAAGACAUGCUUAUCUUUUGUGUUCUUGCUGACAUUACUUUAGCAAUUUAACUUAGUGUGAGAAGAAAAAGCAAGUUUUGCAAUGCAAAGUCUCUGUUUUGUGAGUAUACUUCACUAUGGAAUCAUUGACAAAUCAAAAUCUGGUAUUUGUUCUAAGAGUAGCUUUGAGUUAAUUUUACCCGGCUUCAUGUUCUGAUGUGUAUCCUGGUUGCCUCUGGGCUGAGGGAUGGAAUGUGUUGUGCUGAAGGUGGGUCGGGAGCAUCCUGUUCCCAAAGAGAGGACGGAGUGUUAUGGAUGGAGUGUGUGGAUAAGGGCUCUUCACCUACCGACCACUGAGUCAACCUACUUGGUUUUAAAUUAAGAUCUUUGGGCAGUUGCUUAAAGGAUCCUUUUUCACUGAAGCAGAGAAUAAUUAAAUGACACAUCUAAAAUCCCCAACUAAUCAAGAGAAGGCAGAGACAAAAAUCCCUCAACUUUGUGUUGUUGCCUAGCCCCCUCAAUGUCUGUUUUUAAACAAAUGGGUAAUAGAAAAUACUAAGGUUAUAAUCUGUGGCUUGAUUAAAAAUAUAAUGUGUUACAAAUUUAGCAUCAUGUUCAGGAUUAGGAGUCAAAGUUGCUGUAGACUGUUUUGAACAAACAGAAAUAAACAUGGAAACGUCUUUAACAGAGCAGUUAAUUAUGCUGGAGUGUAGGACACUAGGGGUGUCUGGGACAUCAGUUUACAUGAGCCAGGGCCCUAUCAGGGCCUUCUUGUGGUGGUUCAGAAUAGAUGAGCAUAGCAUGGUGUCAUGUGUUUUUGGCUUUGUAUUGUCUUAUUUAGCAUGGAUCCAUAAUGUAUGUAUUAUUCUUUUUUUCUAAUAUGUUAAUUAAGCUACAUCUGUGUUAUUAUAAUACUUUGAGUUGAGGAGGAAUUUCACUGAAGGAAGAAAAACCAAACAAUUUAAUGAGGUAUACCAUAAGAUCAUACUGAUUUGAGAAAAGGGGAGGAGGGGAAGGUUGUCUAAAUGGAAAUCUGAAUUACAGAAUAUUUUAGAGAAAUAUAUAACUUGCAGAUAGAAUGAUGUUUUAAUUGAGGUGUAAAUUAUAUUAAGGAGACAAGAUGAGUAAGAAAUUAUAUUCAGAUAUGACUGUACUGUGUUAUUUAUCACACAUGGAUCUUUUACCAUAUGGUCAAUUGCUAGAUCCACAAAUUGGAGAUAUGGUGAAAGGCAUGCAUAGAUUUUUGAACCUUUGGCUUUUAAAAGGGACCUAUAUUGAAUUCUUUCUAUUUGUAUAGAAACCCCUGAAAAUUCAUAGAAGACAAAUCAUUACUCUUUUUUCUCAGUAAAUCAUAUCAUCUGAAAUAUUAUAAAUCCCAAAUUUCUUGGUGCUACAUGAAUUCAAUUUUAUAAUAACUCUUACUAAAUAUUCUUACAAGUUUUUAGUUGGGGUAGCAUUUAGGCUUAGUUUUUUAAGAUGUGUAAAAUGUUCUCUGCAAAAUUGUUCAGGCCAUUGUCUCCUUUUAUAUACAGUUAUUUAUUGUGAAGACCAGUGAAUUAAGGUAUUUAAAGUGAGAGAACCUAAUUAUUUGCAAAAGUGAGUUGUAGCUGGUUUUUUGACAGAAUCAAAUGAUUUUUUUCCUUUUUAAAAAAAAAAAAAGCUUUUCAUUUAAAGAUGGAAGCUAAGCAAUGGAAACAUUACUCUGUUUUUGACAGUAAAAGGUACCAAUAAAGUAUUUUAUUACCGAAAGUUAAAUGAAAAUGUGAUAAGUUAGUUUCUUUCUGUUGUAAAAUAUCAUAAAUACAGAAAAGUGUAUGACAUGUAAAUGUGUACUUUAAAGAAUAAUAAAGCCAACGCUAGUGCACCAGCUAUUCAGAUUAGGAUAUAGAACAUUACCAGUGAAAA